AGCAGCAGCAGCAGCAGCAGCAGCAGCAGUCAACUCGUUCACAUUCAUUCCAUUCUCACAAGCCAUCGCCAUCAGUUGACCUAGGAUCGUUGUCGGGACGCUGGGCAGACCUCCAAAUUUGCCCGUGCCCGAUCUUCUAGCCGACCAAUCCCCAUCGGUCAUAGGAUAGGCAGUUUUGGACUAUUUACCCACCCAUUCGACCACAUCACCCCUUGGAGGCCUUUCUCUCAUUCUUUGCAGCACUUCAUGAUGGGCAAGGCCAACUCGCGUCGUUCGACGUCGAGUCAAGCAUCCUCCAAGCUGUCCACAGCCUCUCGAUCCCUAUUCUCCAAAUCAUCCCCCAAAGCGUCUGCUUCCGGCGCCGGAAACUCGGGCACGAGCGAAUCCCCCGUCUCUGCACGAACCUCGUUGCUCAACGUCCUCCGUCGACCCAAAAGCUCUCAUGCGAUCACUUCGGUGACUUCGACCAACGCUUCGUCAAAGCAUGGUCAGUCGUUCGACUCGUUCAACGAGGAUGAUUACUCGGAUCAUGGCAGCACCGUCGCGAGCAGCUAUGCCAGCUCUAUCAGAAGUAGCUGGUCUUCCAGAUCCUCAAGCUCGGAAGAUAUCGCCAAGCGAUACGAGAACUAUCUCGAGACACCUUUUGUCAAUACGACUACUACCAUCAAGCAUUCAGAGUAUGGCGUGUGCACAAACCCGAAUUGGAGGUGGACCAGUCACUGGGAUCCAGCAGAGCCCGUUCAUCCCGAGGAGGAGCCUCAACCACCCUACUAUAUCCUCCUGUCGACAUACCUGAGCUACCUUUUACUCAUCGUCCUGGGGCAUAUUCGUGACUUUUUUGGGAAGAGGUUCUUGCCCAAAGCGUAUGCACAUUUAGUACCUCACGACGGCUAUGCUGCACUAAACUCUGACUUUGACUCGUUCUACACUCGGCGCUUAAAAAUGCGAUUGGACGACUGCUUCUCCCGUCCGACCACCGGUGUGGCAGGUCGCACAGUCGUUUGCUAUGAUCGAGUCUCACAUGAUGAGAACAACACAUUCCAACUCACCGGGACCACUACUCGAGCCCUCAAUGUCUCCUCCUACAACUACCUCGGUUUCGCAUCCUCUUCUGGACCUUGUGCGGAUGUAGUCGAAGCCUCGUUGCACAAGUAUGGAGUUUCGUCUGGCGGAUUACGACACGACACCGGGACGACCGAUUUGCACGAACAGACUGAAAAACUCGUGGCCCGAUUCUUGGGAGUCGAAUCAGCCUAUGUCUGCUCUAUGGGCUUCGCAACGAAUGCAACGACGAUUCCUGCCUUGGUCAGCAAAGGAUGUCUAGUCAUCUCGGACGAGUUGAUUCACGCCUCGGUCCGCUUUGGUGUUCGGAUCAGUGGUGCCAAUGUCCGUGCUUUCAAGCACAACAACCUCAAACAUCUCGAAUCGUUGCUCAGAGAAUCCAUCUCUCAGGGACAGCCACGCACCCACCGACCCUGGAAGAAGAUCAUGGUCAUCGUCGAGGGAUUGUAUUCGAUGGAAGGUACUCUGGUCCCGUUACCACAGCUUCUCGAAUUGAGAAACAAGUACAAGUUCUACCUUUAUCUCGACGAGGCGCACUCUGUCGGUGCCUUGGGACCUAACGGUCGCGGUGUCUGUGACUAUUUUGGAAUUGACCCUCGAGAGGUCGAUGUUCUCAUGGGAACAUUUACAAAAUCCUUCGGAGCAGCCGGUGGAUACAUUGCUGGAACCAAACAUUUGAUCGACCGCCUCCGAGUGACUUCCCACCACAUGACCUACGCCGAAGCCAUGUCGCCUGCCGUUUGCACUCAAAUUAUCGCGACCAUGUCUGCCAUCAUGGGCGUGGCUCCUCCUCUUGCUUCACCACCGGCCCUCGAGGAGCCCAACGAUGCAAGCUCUAUCGUCUCGCGGGCCUCCCGGACUUUCAACUAUGGACCUGUUCCCAGUCAUAUGUUGCCAUCGUUCAUGAAGCUGCCUCAGGUCGUCCUCAACGGAUUAGACGGUCGAGAUCGUCUCAGACGAAUCGCUUUCAAUUCUAGAUACCUCUCAUCAGCGCUUCGGAAACUUGGUUUCGUCGUUUAUGGACAUCGGGAUUCACCCAUUAUUCCUCUGUUGAUCUACAACCCUGCCAAAAUGCUCCUCUUCAGUCAAAUGAUGCUCAAUCGAUUCGGAGCCGACAAGACACCCAUCGUCAUCGUCGUCGUAGCCUACCCUGCUACCCCACUGAUCACUUCUCGGAUCCGAUUCUGCCUCUCUUCGUCUCACACGAAGCAUGACAUGGAUAUGCUCCUCAGGGCCUGUGAGGAGAUUGGAACCUUGUUGGACCUCAAGCUCGCCAAGCAGACCAUGACAGUCGAGCAAGUCAUCGCAUCAGCUGAGGAACUCGUCGCGUCGACUCAUGUUUAAGCGAGCAAUACAAUGGGGUCCGGUCGCCGUUUGGGAACGCCCAAGCUCGCAAAGAUAAAAAAGUAUAAAUCCGCGUCGAUGGAAAACAGUCAGAUCGCUUCGAACCCUUACCAGCGUUCAUCCGUAUACUCUCUGGCCUCUCUUCAAUGUCGAGAAGGCUGACAAACCACUGUACAUUGUCUAGACCUCUGAUCUCAGUCUUCUUUCAUUUUUAUUUUAGAGAGACAUACUUGUGACUUGAUUAAUACAUUGCUUUUAUGGCGUAGCCAGACCUCGAGGGUAGAGUGAGGCCGUUCAAGCGAACGAGGCCACAGCACUACGUAUGCAUGCCCUUGUAUAGUA